AUGUCAGCAGCAGCAUCGCCCCUGAAGCGAGAAAGAGAGGAGUCUUCCGGAGCAAUCUCCUCCGAGGACGACUUCUUCACCCCCGCAUCCUCUGCUUCGCCCGCACCCUCCAAGAAACCAAAGUCGCCAUCUUCCUCCUCCACCUCCAUCACCACUACCACAACAACCACCGCCGAGGAAACUACCACGAGCAUAGUCAACAAGAGCGAACAACUGGAAGCCAUCUUCAAGAACAUGCGUCUCCGCCGUAUCGUCAAGGAGAACCACUCUAGCGAAAUCAACCAGAUGGCGUUCUGUCUGGACCAGAGACAUAACAAGACACCCUUUGGACUGGAUCAUGUCAAGGUCUUUGAGCAGCGGGGGUCUGUUAAGCGGGAUCCGUGGGAUAAUAGUAAUAUCCUUGGAACUACUGGUGGACCACAGGCAAACAUUUACGAUAACGAGCAUUGCGGAGAUCAUUUGGAUAUUAUGUCGCACUUUUUGUUGGACCCCUUUGGCGAAGAAGGCGCAGAGGAGCUCCCUGAAAUGUUGACGUGCUGCUGGAUUCAUCAACCUCAGGAUGCCAUUCUUGCAACUGCAGGCACAGACAAUAUUGUUCACAUCCUCAGUCUGUCGAGGUCCAAGGAACUCGUUCGCCUUACAGGACAUAGCCAUACUAUUACCGAUAUUCAGGCACACCCUUUUAACGACGACUAUUUGAUUUCGGCGUCAAAGGACGGCAGUGUCCGCAUGUGGAACAUUCUUACAGGGAAAUGCUUACUCGUUUUUGAGAUCAAGGCAUCUGUCGUGACGUUUUUGACAGGAGGUUACAACGGAGAGAUCCGUGAAUGGUCGAUCCCUACAUUGGACUCUGAACCCGAGGAACCCAUCGUUGUGUUGGCCAAUGACAGUCGGGUAUUGCAAUCUGGACUUCACUCUGCCAGGAUAGACUGCAUCCGGUUCGCAAAGGGCAAGGUUCUAUCGAAGUCUGUCAACGGAAAGGUCGAGUACUGGGAUCCCGAGUCUCUGGCCCAGAUCCGCACCUUCAACAUCAAAAACACCGCCAGCAACCAGUGCCGAUUCGACGUCAGCUUGGAUGAGCUGUUUUUCUGCGUGGGCACAAGCAAUGGAUCGGUUUAUAUUUACAACAUCGAUACAGGACGGACGGUGACAGAGCUGAAGCACCGUCGGUCAACAAAAGCUAUCCGCACAUGCAUCUUUGCGCGCGACAGCAGGACUGUAGUUUGCGCGGGAGAGGAUUCGUUCAUCUGGAGAUACGACUAUGUGACGGACGAGACAUUGAACGAGUGGGCCAACUGGAAGUCAGAGCCAUAA